AUGAUCGAGUCUCUCAUCAGCAUCGCCUUCUACAUCUCCACGGCGAUUACAGUUUUCAUUCUCCUCCUACCAUCGCAGUACGACCCAAAGCAGUCCCCAUCCAGCGCAGAAGAUGCCUCUUCCAAACCCAAGACAACAGUCCAGAUUCUUGUUCUCGGAGAUAUUGGUCGCAGUCCGCGCAUGCAGUAUCAUGCACUAAGUAUAGCCAAAGGAGGCGGUCAAGUGGACAUUGUUGGAUACCAUGAAUCAGAAGUUCAUCCCGAUAUCUCUGCCCACCCUAGAAUAUCCAUCGUCCCGAUUCCCCCGCAUCCCGCCUUUCUGCAGACCAGCAACAAGCUUCUAUUUCUCCUCUUCGCUCCGUUGAAGGUGCUAUUUCAGGUUGCAUUUCUCUGGAGGUGCCUGGCAUACCAGACAAAACCAUCCAAAUGGCUCCUUGUUCAGAACCCUCCUUCCAUUCCUACUCUUGCGAUCGCCUCGCUCGUCUGCUUCCUGCGACAAACAUUCUUGAUAAUUGACUGGCAUAACUUUGGGUACUCAAUUCUGGCGCUCAAGCUUGGAAAUAACCAUCCUGUGGUCAGGCUUUCCAAGUGGUAUGAGAAAACCUUUUGCCAAUACGCCACGGCGCAUCUGUGCGUCACCAGAGCCAUGGCAUCUGUCCUGAAAAAGGAAUUUUCUCUCCAGCCCCCCAUCCUACCGCUACAUGACCGACCGGCUAGCCAUUUCCAGCCUAUUCUGGAUGACGAUGAGCGACAGAAAUUCUUGUCGUCUCUUCCAGAAACGGCGCCUGUGCGAUCCUCCUUAGCGUCUGGGAAUCUCCAGGUUCUUGUCAGUUCAACUUCAUGGACGGCGGACGAGGACUUCUCUUUGUUCAUUGAUGCCCUCUGUCGUUACUCUGAAGUUGCAACUACAACCAAAUCUCAUUUACCGCCGGUGCUGGCUAUCAUCACUGGAAAAGGCCCCCAGCGAGAAAUGUAUCUGAAACAGAUAUCGGAGUUUGAAAAAGCAGGAAAGCUCCAGAAGGUUACCAUCCGUACAGCAUGGCUGAGUACGAACGACUAUGCACGGCUUUUGGCCUCCGCUUCCUUGGGCGUCAGCUUGCAUACCAGCAGCAGUGGGGUCGAUCUACCAAUGAAGGUUGUUGAUAUGUUCGGUGCGGGCUUGCCGGUGGUGGGCUGGGACCGCUUCGAGGCUUGGCCGGAACUAGUAACCGAAGGCGUCAAUGGAAAGGGUUUUGGGAGCUCUCAGGAGCUUGUAGACCAGCUUGUAGACCUCUUUGGGGAUCAGAGCAAGCUAGAGAACCUUCGCGCUGCUGCUCGAAAAGAAAGCACUAAUCGCUGGGAUGAUCAGUGGGUUCCUGUCGCUGGAAAGCUUCUAGGACUUUGA